UGUCAGUCUUAAAAGGAGAAAACAGAUGACGCAUAGCAAGGAAAACGAAAGUGAAGCUCUUUGAAAGAAAAUCUUUUAGAUGGAGACAAACUGCUAACAACUUUUCAGCUUGGAAUGUUGAUAUCAUUGCUGCAUGUGCUAGAACAACUUGGAAGGUUUAGAGCUGAGAAUUCUGCUCUGGAGUAAGUAGCUUGUGAGCAACUCAAGCCAUGGCUCAACGAGGCCCAGAACACAGACUUAAGGAGGAGCUGACGUGCUCCAUUUGUUAUGAGCUCUUUACAGAACCUGUAAUGCUGGACUGCAUGCAUCAUUUUUGUAAAUCCUGCAUCAUGCAGUUUUGGAAAAGCUGCAACAGCCGACCUUCCUGCCCCCAAUGCAGACGGGAGUUUCCUAGCAAGGUAUUCCGGGCUAACUUUCUAGUGGCUGGGGUGCUGGAGGCAGUGAAGAGGACAAGCACACUGGAGUACAAACAAAAAGUUCAAAAACAGCUUCAGGAUGCCUUGAAAUCACACACCAGUCUGAAGCAGGAGAUUUCUCACCAAAUGCUUCAAGAUACCCAGGAGAUCAGCACCAUAAAGAAAAUGUGUGAAGGCCUGAGACAAAAAGUCCAUAACGAUUUCCAGUAUCUACAUGAUAUCCUUCACCAGGAAGAGAGAACUGCGUUAGCACAGCUGGCACAGGAUGAAGAGAGGGUAGUAAGUAAUGUGCAACAACACCUUUGUCAGAUGAGUGACGGUAUCUGUGAGGUAGAUCAAAGAAUCGGAGACAUUCAUAAAGCCAUGGAAGACAUAAAAAACACAUUAAUAGUGCAGAUUCCCAGCUGUGAUACAAGGUCUUUUCUUCUGGUUGAUAAACCCCAGAUGUGUAGCCUGAACAAUGAAGCAUACACAGGACCUCUGCAAUUCUUUGUGUGGAAGAAAAUGCUCAAAUUAAUUCGGCCAGUGCCAAUUUCCCUAACGUUUGAUCCUGAAACAGCACAUCCAAGCCUCAUUUUGUCUAAAGACCGGGCAGCAGUCAUGCAGAUCAGUGAACAGAGGCCUGUCAAGCAGCACCCAAAACGUUUUGAAAAGUCUGUCAAUGUACUGAGCACUGACGGUUUUAUCAGUGGAUCCCAUUACUGGGAGGUAUGGGUAGGAACAAAGACCAAAUGGGACAUAGGUGUUGCCCGAGAAUCCGUUAACAGAAAAACUAAGGUCAGGCUCACACCAGAGGAUGGUUAUUGGACACUUAGACUGCGGGAUGGUAAUGAAUACAUAGCUGCUACUUCACCUUGGACUUCCCUCCGACUGAGAAACAAUCCCCGCAAGAUUGGUGUUUUUCUUGAUUAUGAAGCAGGGAGAGUGUCAUUCUAUGAUACAGAUGGCGGGUGCCACCUGUUUACAUUCUAUGAUACUUUUUCAGGGCGACUGUAUCCCUUCUUCAGCACAUGCUUUAGUGAUGGAGGAAGAAACUCUGAGCCACUCAGACUAUGUCAUGUAAAUAUGGAGACUCACAAAGUUAUUCUUUAAAACUGGCUCUGCUGUUCUUAACACUAAUGGUGUUUGUGGCCAGAAGGACAAAAAUUUAAAAUGAGAGUUGCAAACAUACUGUGGUUGCUGCAAAUGUUAGAUAAAGUGCAGCAAUUUUUUUAAAUGAGAAAGUUUGUAGGUAUGCAUUAUCCACUUUUCUAUUGCACACUAUUUUACAUUUAAAGACAAAAAGAUGUGUUGUUCCACACACUGUUAUAGUUACCAGAUUGUUUUUUGAGAUGUUAGGAUCUGACCAAUGACUUGAACAUUGAUUAGAGAUCAAAGGGCUUGACCAUUCCAUGACUGUUGUCAGCCACCAGAGGAAAGGUAUUGUGCACAUCUUCUGACCUCUGUUGCAGGCCGUGGGUACUUUGGAAUUCUCCAGCUAAUUAUUCAUUAUGGAGACAGAUGGCUGCAAAAGCAUAGUUCAAGCAUCCCGUUACAGUAUGUAUUAAAAACAUAAGGAAUGGAAUAAAGGUGAAGGAUGACUCUUGCCGCUGUCUCAAAAGGCAAUUGACCUUUUAUGUCCUGAUAAAUGGUAGAUAUAGAUGGAAGUUGGAUGAACCAGGAAGUCCUCUAUAAGUAAGACUUACACAAAAACAAGCCUUCAGGCAGCCAAAAAAGAUGAUCUAAAACUAACACUGUUGUGUCCUAUUUCUGAAAACAAACAGAAAAGAAAGUAAUUGCUACGCAGCUAGGAUUUCUGAAGUUGGUCUGUAAUCCAUUUGAAUGAUGAGGAGAGGAAACACACCUAAAAUAAUGUAACACAUUCAGGAAGUAGUACAGUAAUGAAGUAUUGAAAAAUAUUAUUAAAAAGCUAGUUCAAAACAGGCUGUCACAUUUUGUAGUAAAACAUUUCUUGUUUAAAAGUCAUAAUGCUUGACAUUUUAAAUCACUAGUGAAGUAAGUCAAUUUAUUAUCUCAUUUGUUAAGCGAGCGCACACAUCCGGACUUCUAAAGCAGUGACAUUACUCCAGGAAUGAAAAAAAAAAUGGUGCCACAUACGAAACAGUAACAACAGAAGUCGAAAGCUUUGUUUUAUGUGGCAUACAAGUGCCUGCCAUUGUACCAGCAGUUCUUUUCACACAGGCGCAUAUAGAUGGCAAGUCUCAUCACAGAAAGUACUGUAAAGUUUAUAAAACUCACUAGGGUUUUAUAGGAAGGAGUAUACAUAACCUGUGAUACAAAGACAGAUAAGACUGGCUUAUAGAUUUCAGCUGUCUCUGAUUUUGCAGAACAUCCUUGAUUUGCCGUGUGUUUGAUUUUUCUGGUAAAUCAGUCAGGAUUACAGUCAGUUAGUGAUGCCAGAAUUACAGUGUCAUACUUCUUAUUCUUAAGAAAAAACGCUUGUUAUGUUAGCUUUCUAAGUGAAUUAAAGUAGUAUCUAAAAUUGUCCCUUUUUGGGGCCUUUGUCCCUCGUUAUUUUUUGUCUUUGUCCCUGAUUCCUGAGCAAAGGAGACUUCUUGGUCCACAUAGUACUUGUACAAUAUGGAGUCUCACUGAGUAACCAUAACACAGCCAUCACUGUAUUUAUUUGUUUUGGCCAGGCCUUGUAUGCAAAUAGUCCUACCAUGCCAAAUAAUUGUAGAGCCAUUGUUAGAUAGGCUUCUGCCAUCUUUGUGUUAAAGCAGCUGAGGUUAAACAGUGAUCUAGUUAGAUUUCUUCUUAUUUUGUCUCUUUUUAAUAUCUGGCAGGCUUGUUGCAUUUAUCAGCUUUUAACUUUUAUUGUAAAUCACUGAAUAAGUAAAAUGAUAAAUACACACAUACAUAACGUAUGUACGUAAGAUAACGUAUAUUCAUUCAUAAUAUUUGCUGAAAUCUUUAUUGAGGCUGUUGCAUAGAAUGUUAAGCACUUGUAAGACUGGAAAGGAGGCCAAAUCAUACUUUGCUACCUGUACUAAACUGUCACCAGCAGUGUGUUUUUGGUUGUAUAUGAAAAUAAAAAAGUUGUAACAUGAGAAGCAA